AUAACAAAGAAAGGAAAGUGGUAAGAUUUUUGGUCAUAAAAUCGCAAGGGAGACAUCUAGAGGAAUCCUCCAAGUGAAGGGAUAAUCUAUUAAUAAUUUGGUUUGAGCUACGAGGGGGAGUUGAUAGUUGAUAGGGAGUAGAAUCUCGAGGUUUUCUUUUUGGAGUAAAAUCAGCGAUGCAGCAGCAAAUGUUUCCGAUGGCUCCUUCGAUGCCGCCAACUAACAUCACCACCGAACAGAUCCAAAAGUACCUUGAGGAGAACAAGAAGCUGAUCAUGGCAAUCAUGGAAAAUCAGAAUCUUGGUAAACUUGCAGAGUGUGCACAGUACCAAGCUGUUCUCCAGAAGAACUUAAUGUACCUAGCUGCUAUUGCUGAUGCUCAACCUCCUCCUUCUACACCAGCAGGAGCUACACCACCACCUGCUAUGGCUUCCCAGAUGUCGGCACCACACCCUACGAUGCAACCGCCGAGCUACUUUAUGCAACACCCAGGGAUGGCUCAACAAGCAUCACCUGCAGGUAUCUUCCCUCCAAGAGGUCCUUUGCAGUUUGGUAGCCCACACCAGCUUCAGGAUCCGCAACAGCAGCAGAUGCAGAUGCAUCAACAAGCUAUGCAAGGACACAUGGGGAUGAGACCAAUGGGCAUCAACAACAACAACAACGGGAUGCAGCAUCAGAUGCAACAACAACAACCAGAAACCUCUCUUGGAGGAAGCGCUGCAAACGUGGGGCUUAGAGGGGGCAAGCAAGAUGGAGCAGAUGGACAAGGAAAAGAUGAUGGCAAAUGAAAGGAUCCAGAGAAACUUUUGUAUUGUUUAUAUAUCUAGGACUUGUGCUUUCUUGUGAGACUGAUCAACUUGCAUUAGUUUUCUUGAGUUACAACAGAAGAUAGACUGUGGAAUAGUUCCACAAAACCGUGUUGUAAUGGUAUUUGUAUUAUCUAGUAGUACAAGUUCGGCUUUGCUUUAG